UUCCCAUCGUAGAUCUGACAGCUGCAUACCAGAAGAAGAAAGAAAAAACUUGUUAUGCAGUCGCGGUGCAUAAGUUUGGAAUGUCAACAUAAUGGAGUUGUAGGGGUUGCAUAGCGUUUUCGUGUGAUUUUGUAACACUGCUACGUGUGCCGUAAUAGGGUUCUGUGAGUUUGUUGUAGCGCGUCCGCGAAAAUCGGGCUACAAUUGUGCGAGAUUGCGAAAGGCUCGAUCGGAGAUUGUUGGGAUUCGGGUCGAGUGUGGUAAAUGUGGUACAACGAUGCCGGGAGGAAUCGAAAUCCUGCCAAGUUCUUCCUCGCAGAAUGUUCCUUUGAACUUGAACACCCAUCAUCGAGUGAAUGGCGCAGCCAAUGGCAUUGUUGUUGAUGAUGACGAUGAAGGGGGUGUUGGAUCUAUCAUUCCCGACCGCACUGGAAAGCACAGCUUCUGUCGAUUGUGUCUUACCCAUGCAGAUGCGCUAAACCCGUUGUUCCCUCCGGAUGCUGCUCCGGAUCGAACCCUAUUGGCACAAAUUCUGGAUUGCGUUGAAGUACAGAUAACACUUCCGGAUGACAUCAAAUCACUAAUCUGCAACGAUUGUGUUCAACAAAUCUAUGCAUUUGCCAACUUCAAGGAGCUUUGCAAAAGCAAUGACCAACUGCUUAAAAGCAAUGCAUUUACUCGCGAAGAAUCCGAUGAUAACGAAGGUAGUGCUGCAGAUGUGAACAGAUCAGGAGUGCCCUCCCCAGUGGGAACCAAUGCUAUCUCGGAAGAUGCUUCAUCCACUCCAGAUGUAAGCUUGUUCGAGAAACUCUAUGAGCAAGGAGUCGAGGUGGAGGCAAUUGGGCAGCCAUCCGGACUGGUUCAGUGUCAAGAUUUUGCUUCGAUGAACUCUGAAGAACGUGAAGCCGAACGAAAGGCCAAAAAUGCCGCUCGGAUGCGACGUUGGAGAAUGCGUCAGCGAGAAAAACAUGAGAAACCGCUAAUUCAGGAUCAACAACCGGAAGAAGCCGAAUCAGUCGUGGAUCAGAAAGAAUUGGUCGACUUCAAGCAACAGGAAGAAGCGCUCCGAAUGCAACAGAUUCAAGAAAUGUUCGCUAUCCUGGCUCAACAGCAGUUGCGUCAGGUCGAAGCGGAAAUUAGAAGACUAAAGAGCGGCGUCCAGAAUGUACCAAUUCCACAAAUUCCCCUGGAAUCAAUGAUCAAAUCAGAACCUCAACAAGACGAUGGACAAUCAAGCCGCCAAGCUUCACCUACCUCGGAACAGCAGAUGGCAUCGUUGCGUAGAUCGCGAGCUGAAUAUAUGCGCAAGUGGCGUGCUAAGCGUUCUCAAUCCCAACAGCAACAGCAGCAGCAGAAUCAACAAACAGCCUCGGCCCUGUUAGCUAUGGUAGGCCGUCCUCCAACCAUCUUGCCAGCGCCGGGCGAAUCGGAAAAGCUGGCCAUUCAGCGACACAAUCGGGCCGAAUACAUGCGCCGCUGGAGACGCGAACGGCUGAAGCAGGAACUUAGCCCGGAGGAGUUCGACGACUGGUGCUCCAAGAGUGAGCAACGGCGUCGGUUCCGCGAGUGGCAAACGGUACGUGAAAGCGCUUCGUCAGCCGGCGAUGAAACGAUGGACUACGCCGAGCUGGAACCGGGCAUCCGUAGUUGACCGAGCAUUCGCAUGCUGGUAAAACUGUCCGCCCUCGAUAUUCCGCUGAACGAAAUAAGAUUUUGAUCCAGCGAAGAUGGUUUUUAAUUGACGGUGAAAGGAGUUGUCUUCUCUGAUUAUAUAUUUUGCAGGCCAAGGCGCACAAAGGAAAGCACACAAUCACACAGUAUUUCGAUUUAGUAUUAUUCUCUACGAGUUCUCGCAAAGCUGAUCUUGAAACAUACAAAAUGUAUACUCUACUUAUAUACAGGAUUUUUUUUAAACAUACACUGAUAGCAUCCAUUGUAAUACGUAAACUUGAGAUUAGGUUUGGUUCGAUGACAUUAUUCACACGCCAUUUUCAUCACGCGACACUCUCUACUAAUGCAGUAUUUGCAAUGAUUAUAAUGAUAAGAAAUUAUUUCAUACAACACAGUUUUUAAACAGACGUGUAUGCGAAUAUUUUAAAUAUAAGAAACAACCAGUAUGACACAAAUCGUUAAUACUCCAGUGAUCUGCAGCAAAUAAUGUCGACGGCAAUAUAGCUAGGAAGUACCAGCGAAUCUAUUUGACUACGCAUUUCCCAUUAAGUUUUUAAAUACUGAAUGAGUGAUGCAUUGUUAAAUUGAUUUCUGAAGUACCCUACUACCUACUCAUUACAUAUGAAUACACUACCUACCCCUUUUUGGUAGCUAUUAUUGUAGACCUACUACAACAUUCUAGGCGUAAGAAGAUAGUAAUGAACAAUGAAGAUAAAAGUUAACUGCAACAGCAAGAAAAAGAACAAAUACCUACUGCUUACCUCGUGGAAACACUUACAAUAAUAUGCAACAAUAAAGAGCAAUAAAUGAA